CUGGGAUUUCGGAAUUUUAAAGGAAUAAACUAUUUUGCAGUGCCAAGUGAACAAAUAAAUAACAAAUGAAUCGCGAUUGGGGAGAAGUGCAGAGUCGCGGACUCUAGUAAUUCACUAUCCUUAAAUAAAGAAGAAGAAAAAUUGUAGCAAUGCCUCCGAAACGACGCAGAAGAUUCCAAGGACUCUACUACCAUUCAUCGCCGCCAAAAGUCAUGCCGAUGAAUGGACAGACAGGUGGCCAAAAUGGACGCAAGCGUCGCGACAACGAAGAUUUCUCGGUGAAGUUAUCCACCAUACGGAUCUGGAUCCACGAGAAGGACAUCGGCAAGCUGACUCGCAUUUUGUGGGCGGGCCAGGGAAAUCGUUUGAGUCAACAAGCCAGCAACAAUGGGCGUGUGAAGCGUUUCCUGGCCGCCGUGCCCCACGUCAUGAAUGCCAUCAAAGAUCUGCAUCAGGCUGUCAUCGACAACAAUCUGGAGACCGUUCAGGCGCAACUGGAGCCGCCAGUGCCAAGUGCCUUGGUUACUUGCAAGGAUGGCAAUGGCCUGAAUAUCAUCCACAAGGCCGCCGGCUUGGGCCACACCAAGAUCCUGGAGUACCUGGUGGGCAUUUGGCCCGAGGGCGCCCACGAGACGGACAUCACUGGCAAGACGCCGCUCCACUGGGCCGCCAGUGCCAAGAACAACAUGCGCUGCUACACUCUGCUCACUCAAGCGGGCUGCGACGAGGAGGCCGUCGACUAUAAAAUGAAGACACCUUCGUACUAUCGCCACAAGCCGCACGAAAUCGAGCGGGCUUUCCUGGUUUAUGUGCCGGAUGCUCCGCGUGUUUCCCCCGACAGCGCCACCGAUUGGGAGGCCUUGAGCGAUGACAGUGGACUGGAGAACGGUGCUGGUGGGGAUGCCAGCUCCAAGAAACUGGACAUCAAGGUGCCGCCUGCGGUGAAUGGUCGCAAAUCGCUGGAUGACAGCCUCGAAAAUACCUCGGAGCUGGACACCAACGAUGGUACGAGUGCCAAUGAUGAGGAUGAGGACCUGUCCAAGGCGGAUGUUGAUGCCGAACCGGAAGCGGAAGCCGGCUCGCCAUUGCAACGCCGACCGGAAACGCCGGCCACUUUCAACACGAUCAAUGGCGACGGCGACGAAAGCGAAUCUGAGAAUAUUGCAAGAGCUGUAAGCGCUGAUGGCGAAGGCGAAGGAGGUGGAGGUGCUGAAGAAAACGGAGUUGGGCAGGACAAAGGAGGAGGAGGAGGAGGAGAAGGAGGAGGAGGAGAACAGGAAGCGGCAAUCGUGGAGAAUGGAGAUUCACCGGAGGAUCAGCCGGCUGAAGCGGAGGAAGUGGAGCCUCCGGCAGAAGAAGAAGAGAGUGAGCUUGAUGGAAACAAAAAGACUGAAGAAGAGGAGCCGGAAAAGGAGGAGGAGAAGGAACCGGAACCGGAAGUGGCCACCAUGUCCGUAGAAGAGAAGGAAGCCGAGUCCGAUAACGAUAACGAUAACGAUGACGACGAUGAGGAUGUUGUAGCUUCGGGCAGCAAAGAAGGAGAUCCACAGGAGCAGGAUCAGCAAACUGGAGGACAAGAGGAGGACGGCAACGAGUCCUUGACAUCGGCAUUGGCCAUCGAAGGCUUUGUGCAAGGAUCACCCGAGGAUUAUACAGUUCAGUCUCAAACUGCAGUAAAUGAAGACGAACGCAUCAAGCGAAUUGUGGAAUCCGGGGACUUGGAGCAACUGGCCGAAAUUGUGCUGAAUGGCGAAGGUGGCAGCUUGGUGGGCUUGAAGUCGCAGGAAGCGGAAAUCCAGGCCUUUCUCAACAACGUGCCCACUUAUAUGGAGAAAAUACAUCGCGUGCACGAUGCGGCACGUGACGGAGGUUUGCUGGCAUUGCAGCAGGCUCUGGAUCGCCGGAAGUUCGCCAUCGCCAAGAACGACAUAUCGCCCAAUGGAUCCACGCCGUUGCACGUGGCCGUCCUCUUCGGCCACACGGACAUCGUUCGCUACUUGGCAUCGCGUUUUCCGGAGACCAUGACAAUUACGGAUAAUGACGGACGCACGCCGCUUCAUUACGCAGCCACAAUUAAGGACAACGGCCACUUCUACAACAUGCUCCUGCAGUUGGGCGCCAAUCCAAAGGCACUCGAUAAGCUGGGCCACUCGCCCGAGUUCUACUUGGACAAGGACAAGGCGAAAAACAUUCUCAACUACACCGAGCUGCUGAAUAUUUUCGGUGCCGAGGAGCUGGAGAACCAGUUGCUCAACGACCAGGGUCAGGCGCAACCAGUGAGCUUUCAGGCCAAUCCCAUUUUCAAGACGGAGCAGGGAAAAUACCUAGCUGAUUCUCUCGCCGAUCCCUUGAUCAAGGCCCUCACUGAAAUAGCCAACAAGAGACCCAGAGAUCCCGUGGCCUACUUGACCAACUACCUCCAGCACUUCAUGGGUGAUCGCAAGCCAAUGACCGAGGUGCAGGUCCACUCGGGAAGCAGUACCAAUUCCAAUUCCACUUUGGCGAUGGCCAAAUCAAAUGCCAGCUCGAAUCACCGUCUGGGCAACACUCGAAAUGGCCCUGGACCAACGAAUGCUGAUCUCAUCGAACUGGAUGCUCGGUCUUUGGUCGAGGAGGAGGAUGCUGAAGGAGCUCUGGCCGCUCAGCAUAUGGAGGAGCGGGACGAGCAUGGACAGAGCAUGCUGCACUUCGCCUGUGCCCGUUCCCAUCGCAGGGGUGCACUCUACACGCUUAUCGAGGAAUCGGGAAUCGAUAUUACCUAUCGAGAUGAGUUGUAUCGAACGGCGCGGGAUGUAUCGCUCCAAGCAAAUCAACCCAACAAUGCAGCCGAGAUCGAUCGAUAUGUUUUGGCUCAGGCAGUUAUCGGUGAUGUGGAACCCUUUGAGCAACUGGCUUUGCAAGGCUACGAUCACAUUCUGGAUGUCGAGGAUGAAAAUGGUCAGUCCAUUGUGGAUGUCGUACAGUCCCGACAAAACGAAGCUCUUAGCGAAUUUCUAAGCAAUCUUCGUGGUUUGGAGGAGACUCGCGAGGAACUGCAUCAGAUGAUCAGGGAGAACAAUAUGGAACGAGUGAGAGAGCUGACCGAUGUUGCCAAUGCCAAGUGGUUGGUGAAAACCAAGAAUUAUUAUGGUCGAACCGCCUUGCACAUAGCUGUGUUAAAGGAGUCCGAGGAAUUGGUUCAGCACCUGGUGAAGAUCUGUCCCGAGGCUCUGAAAAUACCAGAUAAUCUGGAACGCUCUGUUUUGCACUAUGCCAUGGGAACAAAUGCGCUGGAGAGUGUUAGCCGGAUUUUGAUUCAGAACGGAGCCAAGAGGACCGCCAAGGAUUUGAAAGGACGACAGCCAAGCUAUUACUUCAUCAACAAAGCGGAUAUUCUACGUUUGCAGGAGGAGGAGGAGGAGAGCCGCUGAGAGAGAUUGGGUUAA